UGCACAUUUCAACUAAAACAUCACCCACAAUAUGGCGGCGACGUUGACGCAGAGACUUUAUCUCGCUACCGUAUUUUCAGCGACUAUUGGACGCUGAUUGGUCCCCCGCUGGUACCUUCUGAUUGGCUGCUUGGUUGGGUUGACGCUAAUGGAGAGUAACGUAUGAACAUCACGAACUCUGAUUGGUUGUUAGUUCUUUAAAGCCAGUCAUUGUCCAAUAGCCGUCUCUGUAACUACUUUGACGGAACGACAUGUAAAUUGUUCAAUAGCUGACAUGUAAAUUGUUCAAUAGCUGACAUCUUGGUCGAAGGUUUUGAUUUAGUAGUUGAACUUAAGACAUGACGGGACUGCUUUUGGUAGAGAGUUCAUGACUAUUCAUGCAAUGUCUCUCAGACUAUUAGUGACGGUGCGCUAAUGGCUGCUUCCUAAGUCAAUUGAGAGCCGUGUUUCCUCCCGAGCGCUGGCUAUUAAAAACUGAGCUGCCGAUGUAGCAGGGAAAGAAAAGAACAUGGACGGAUGGAGCUCUGUUUCGAAAAAUGACCGAGCCAUCUCCGACGGGGAAUGCAUGCUAGGACACACAGCCGGAGGUGAGACCCGGGAAGCGGCGGAGCCGCGCAGCUCCGCGGACAGGAUGGAGGACUUGGGCGCAGAGGCGGCGGCGGCGGCGACGUCUGUGGGGUUCGGGAUCAGCGGGAUAGGGGAGGGCAAAAUGGUGUUGGGUCGAGUUGGAUCGAGAGACGACAAAGAGCUCAGGUACCUGCACCUUUUGUGGGAGCCGGGGCGAGGAGAGCUCGACCCGAUCGCCGAGUCGAGCAGGCUGGGGAAGAUGGCAGGGAGCCGGGCCAGGAGACACCAGCGAGCCGUGCGGAGCCAGGGGCCCAUCGGGAAAGACGUUUACGCUGCUAAAAGACUGAGGGAAGCUGCCAACAGCAAUGACAUCGACACAGUGCGAAAGCUCCUGCAGGAUGACAUGGACCCUUGUGCUGCAGACGACAAGGGCCGGACGGCUCUUCACUUCUCAUCCUGCAAUGGCAACGACAGCAUCGUGCAGCUGCUGCUGAGUUAUGGUGCCGACCCCAACCAGAGAGACAGCCUGGGGAAUACCCCUCUGCACCUGGCGGCCUGCACCAACCACGUGCCUGUAAUCACCACCCUGCUGAGAUCAGGAGCUCGCGUGGACGCCCUCGACCGCGCGGGCCGGACCCCGCUGCACCUGGCGCGCUCCAAGCUCAACAUUUUGCAGGAGGGAGAAUCGCGCAGCUUGGAGACCCUCCGAGGGGAAGUCACCCAGAUUAUCCAGAUGCUCAGGGAGUACCUGAACCUAAUGGGCCAAAGUGAGGCGAAAGACAGACUGGAGCACAUUUCAACACAGCUGCAGCACACACGCACCAGAGAGCAGGUGGACGAGGUGACUGACUUACUGGCCAGUUUUACAUCGCUUAGUCUACAGAAACAGAACCUGGAUGCUAGGUAGAAGAUUAACUGCACACAGAGCCGACAUGCAGCUCCUUUUUAAAUAUGCAGAGACUCAAAUUGUCUGUGUUAGGCCACAGAUCCAAACGCCGCACCGGGAUUGGCUGUCGGUAUUUAUUGAAGGGACUGCUGCAGACAUCAGCUUUUUAUUUUCACCAAGACAAAAAAAAAAAAAAAAAAACUUUAACAACAAUGUAUCUUAUGAAGUUUUCCAAAUGGGUUUUGUCAACUUGAUACAAAACCACUGACAUUAUGAUCUUUAAAUUCUAGAGAAACGGUAUUGAUAUGUAUCAGAGGUAAUACACGUCUGAUUUUUUUUAAAGCUCUGACCUCCCAUGACAAUAUGUAUUACUAUCUAGUACUAUAUUUAUUUCAAGGUUUGAAUAAAUUAAAAAUAUAUCUGUCUGCAUAAAAUGUUUAUUGUAAAGUGAAAAAAAACACUGAAUACAGCCAAAUUCUUCUGCAUCUGUGAUAACUCACUUUUUUUUUAAAAACACAUUUCAAAAUGUAUGUCGUGAAAGAUGUUAUUUUUCCCACAAGGAAUCUGCAUUCAGUAUAAAUAGCAACUGUUUCCAACGUAGUGUGUGAAUGGGGGGGGGGAAAAAACUUGAAGUGAAUGCCAGAUAUGUCAAAUUAUUAAAUUAUUCAUACAUUUACUGUGACUAUGUGCAGGAAUUUCAAGAAGUCUGUUUGAACCAGACCAACAUCACAUCGGGUGGUGUCACUCAGCUCUGCGGUUAAACAGGAAGCCACUAAUGUCUGUAAAAGACGACGUUUUAACACCCAACGCGGGUAACUAGUGCGGUUAGCAUUUCUAACAUGAUCAAUCUCUGUGUGUAUUUCUUGGAUGAUGCUUGCUGUGUGCUUAAGUAAGACUUUCUGAAAAGAACUAACAUUUCUAAAUUUCAGCACUAGACUCUUCAAAAGAGGAACUCUGAAUCUUCUCUCAAUCACAGCCACUACACCGAAGAGGGUUGCUAGCAUGACCCGUUGGCGUGGUCGGCUAACUGACUGAAAAAGAGGUUGGAUUUUAAGUUUGGUCAUAACCCUUGGCUGGACGUGACUUGUCGGAGCUGGUCACUGGUUUUCGGUGCAUCUUUGAGAAAAUGUUCAACUUUUAAACAACUGGCAAAAAAAACCUCUAAAGUCUGGUGUAACUAUGACUUUACUAUGUGACUUACAUGUUCUCUUUUUGCCUAACUCAUUAAAUUUGCUGUGAUAAUUGCAGUACACAAUGGUUUGACAGUUUAACUGGUGAAACUUUUAUUUUCUUGUCAAAGUGUCUUCGUUUUAUUGCCUUAUUUCUUUUUUUUAAAACUGUGCAUAAUGACUCUGUGAACUGUGCUGUAAAGAAUAUUUGAAAUUCAUUAUGAACCAAUAAAUCGGUGCGUUGUCUAUGA